GCAACUAUAGUCCAUCUUGGCACGUGACAUUUGAAAGCAAAAAAAACUGAGGUUUCAGGCUGCAAAAUGAAGGUUCUUCUUCUUAUAACAUUUGUAGCAACUGUCUGCUAUGUCAAUGCAGGCAAGAAACAGAGGAUGAUAGCAGCUAUGAAUGCUAUGAACACCAUGAACGCCAUGAAUGCUAUGAAUGCUAUGAACGCUAUGAACGGUAUGAAUGCUAUGAACGGAGGAAUGCUGGCAGGUAUGAACGGUAUGAACGGAGGAAUGAUGGCAGGUAUGAACGGUAUGAACGGAGGAAUGCUGGCAGGUAUGACUGGUAUGAAUGGAGCAUUGAUGGCAGGUAUGAACGGAGGGAUGGCAAACGGAGUGAACCCUGGGAGAAUGGCUGGAGGCCUGAACCCAGUCAUGGCAGCUGGUGGUGUCGCAGGUGUCAACGGGCCACAGUUUGCUCAGUUUGUUCCCAGAGUUCCUGCUUUUGCUGCUCCUGCCCCCAUUCCCAAUGUGUACACCGUCCCUGCGGUCAAUGGGUUUCCAUUCAUGGGAGUCCCUCAAAUGGCACAAAUGAAUCCUCCUCAGCAGCCUCCGGUGGGGAUCGCCGACGGUGCCGUGCAACAGCAGCUUCCUCUUCAGCCUGAUCCAUUGAGGAGAUUUAGGCGUCAGGUUAUGAAACAGGACACCUUAAAGACCACUGUGGAUACUCAGCUUCCAGCUGCCACUGAAGUAACUCUCUGUCACGAAGAACAUGAAAAUGUUUAAGAUGACACAUUAUCAAAUACACAAGAAUUGUCAAAGUGAUUGCAAAACUUGAAUUGUAGGAUUUGUCUAUCACCAAUGACCAUGGAAGCUUUGUGUGUUAUUUUAACUAACCAAUACAAUAAAUCAUACUUUAAAUGAGUUUGUUUUGUAGAAGCCUCUGAUUAUGAAUUUUAAACCA